AUAGAGGGGGCGGAGCUUCUUUUGUGCAGGACAGACGCAGCCUGAUCGCAGACUGACAUGAAGAAGAAGCGUCUGUUCUUAAAGUCUGAGCCCAGAGGAAACUUUUAAUCUGCCUCCUCAGAAAACAAAUCACACGGGGACACGGUUUCAUCCAGGUGGGAGAUGUUUGCCACAGCCACCAGGAACUUUGUGGAGGAGGUGGAUCAUGGGGGUUUACUGAUCCCUGUGUCCAGCCUCAAUGACACCAUUGAGCUGCUGACUGUGGUGGUGAAGCGUAAACGUUUCUGGUUCUGGCAGAAGCCCAAGUAUCUCCCCACUGAUUUUAACCUGAAUGACAUACUGACAGGAGACAUCUUCUUACAGCCAGUUUCCAUAGAGAUAGACUUCAUCACGUUUAACGGGACGUAUGGGGACAACGUUAAGGGAGCUAUGGACGCAAAAUUUGUCCACUCCAACGUGAGCCUGCACGGCAAAGACUCGUCCAAACUCCAGUCGUCCUUCGGCAGUUUGAAAAAAGAGGAAGUGAAUGUGCAGAAGCUUCUGCAAGAAUCCAAAAACAGGGUCCUGGACAUGUCCCACUGUCUGAUCCUGCAGACCAAGGAGAAGCACAGACGUGUGUUGGGGAUUGUGAAGGAGCGUAUUGUGACCACGAAGCCCUGUUCGGUCAUAGAGGAGGUGCAGCAGGUCGGAGAGUGCGGAGGGAGCCUCAGCUCCUGUGGGCCCAAGUGCUCGAAGGUUUCAUUGAAAGAGAACGGGAGCCUGAGUAAAGACAGUAAUGUUACCAUGGAGAUACCCACUCAUACUACCAUUGCCUAUGCCCUCCUAGAACUAGAGAUCAAACAUGAUGGAUGCUAUGAGCUGUGUCUGAUGUCAGACACCACCGGAGGUUUUGAAGUAGACGGCCAGGCUAAGAAACAACUGUGGGGUGUGUCCGGAGCUGCUCCGCACGCUUCUGAAAACAGCCACCUUCAACAAGAACUGGAGCAACUUCAUGAUCACUUCGAGGUGCUGUUGACUCUUCCUGCCACCACACGGUCCUCUCUGCUCCAGCAGCUCACUCAAGUUAUGCAGGACCAAGCUGCCAUCAGUGCACUUCAGGAUGUGCUGGACCAGAUGUGCCAGGAUAAGAGCUCUGUCCUGGGUGAUGUCACGAUGACAGAGUGUCAAAAACGGAACAUCCAGGCAAUUCUGGACCUCGUGGAGCAGUGUGGUGAAGCGGAGUCAGCUCAGACAGGCCAGGCCACAUCAGUCCUCACAGCACUCCACCUCAUUAGCAGCGCCUUGGACGAGAUGACCAAUGAUUGUCGUGCCAUCUUGGGACUGUGCUGCAGCCACUCAGUGUUACAGACAAUGGAGCUGCUGGUACAGUGUGCGUCAGGAAACGGAGAGUUGCUGCUCGGCAGCGCAGACCUGUCCGUACUGACAGAGGAGGUGUAUGAAAACGCUGCACAUCUGUUCGCCUCCUCUAACGUGUGCCUGAAGAGAGACGGGGACACUGUGAGGACAGAAAUAAGCCAGGAGUCGGGGAACCUUCCUCUGGUCCUGUGUAUCGCUGUCAGAGGUUUGGCCUCAUUAACCCUCUGAGUUUAAAUUGAAGAUGCCUUCAAAUCCACCAGGAACUUUUACUAACCACACCUGCAUGAGGUACCCAGGAUCCCAUCUAGAUGUAUUAUUUAUCAAGUGUUUUAUAAAUUCUAUUUGGUGCUGUAGAAUGUUAUUACUAAGAUUUAAGAUAAAAGGUUGAUCUAAACCUUCAAGCCAAUCAGAUCCAAGAAUUCUCAGUGGGCAUGGAACAAAGUAAAAGAAACACUAAUGAUUUCAUGUGGGAUCUGACCUGCCUUCUCAGCACUUAUGCUGUCGGGACAUAUUGCACUUACACAUUCUUUGUGGCUUCAGAUUGUUUAUCUGUACUAAUAUUUUAACAUUGGUGUCUUUUGUGUUUUCCUCUGUUAAGUACCUUAAGAUUGAAUAUUCAUGAAUUCAGUAAAUAUACAUGUAACCAUGUCAUUGUUCUCUAUAGAAAAGAAUAUUUGAAGCUCUUUUUAAUGUACUAACCACAGACCUCAUUUUCAACCUCAUUGCUCACUAGAGCAAAUUUUUAAAAAAGUUUUUUUAAUAUUUUCACUUUUGAUGCCGAUUAAAUGCACAUUUCUUUGAGUUUUAAUUCAGGUUUGAUAUUGUAUAUAUUUUUCUCUAUGGUGGAAAAAUAAAAUGUGCCAAUACCAGCUGUAGU